AUGCCUUCAACGCACAAGAAGGAAAAGCCGUGGGAUACGGAUGAUAUUGACAAAUGGAAGGUUGAAGCUUUUACUCCCGCAGAUAAUGCGGGCGGGACAUUUACAGAAGAAUCCUCUUUCGCAACCCUUUUUCCAAAAUACCGCGAAGUUUACCUACGAGAAGCAUGGCCUUUAAUCACCCGAUCACUCGAGAAAUUUGGCGUGGCGUGUACACUUGAUUUGGUUGAGGGUUCCAUGACGGUUAAGACCACCAGAAAAACUUUUGAUCCGGCGGCAAUUCUAAAUGCACGAGAUUUGAUCAAACUUCUUGCGCGAAGCGUACCAGCGCCUCAAGCUGUCAAGAUUUUAGAAGACGGUGUAGCGUGUGACAUUAUUAAAAUUCGAAAUCUGGUACGGAAUAAAGAGCGAUUUGUCAAGCGGCGUCAGAGGAUACUGGGUCCAAACGGCAGCACGCUGAAGGCUUUGGAGCUUCUUACGGAAUGUUACUUGUUGGUUCAGGGAAACACGGUCGCAGCGAUGGGUCCAUACAAAGGUCUAAAAGAAGUACGGAGGAUCAUCGAGGAUUGCAUGGCGAACAUCCACCCAAUCUACCAUAUCAAAGAGCUUAUGAUUAAGAGAGAGUUGGCAAAGGACCCAGAACUUGCUGGAGAGAGCUGGGAUAGAUUCCUACCACAUUUUAAGAAGAGGAAUUUGAGCCACCGCCGUGUGCCUCAUAAAGUUGUGGAUAAGAGCAAAAAGGUUUACACACCAUUCCCGCCACCACAAGAGAAGAGCAAGGUGGAUCUCCAAAUCGAGAGCGGAGAAUAUUUCUUGGGGAAGCAGGCGAAAGAGCGUGCUGCCAAGGAAGACCGUAUUGAGAAACAGAAGGAGAAGAAGAAGGAAAAGCUCAAGGAAAGGGAGCAGGAGUUUGUCGCGCCCAAGGAGGACAAGAAGAAACGGAAACGAGAGAAGGUUGACGGGGAGGACGAGGUAAAGAAAGACAAGAAGAAGAAGAAGAGAAAGGAAGUUGAAGCAGCAGAUGAGGACUGA